CUUUACCGUCCUAUUAUUUUCAUCAACAUUUGAUUAACUUGAGAUAGCUACGGUGUUUAUUAAAAAAAAAUACGAAAUACAAUAAAAUUAAAAUCCUUAUGGUAAUUAAACUUAAUACACAUAUUUCACAAAAAAUUCAAAAAAAAAAAUUACCCACAAAAUUACAACUGGUAGCAAUGAAAUAGACAAUACCAAGAGCAAGAUAUGACACAAGCAUUAUUAAUAAGGGAAGGAUCUCCUCGAUCCCUUUCAUAGCAUCUGAUUUUGUAUUUAGGAGAGAGACAAAAACAAUAGCUAAAUUACAAAAAAAGAAAAAUCAUAAUCCACUUUUGGUCCCUUUUUCCCCUCUCCUCCUUUACUCAUUUCUUUCCUUUCUUCUUUUUUAUAAAACCCCUUCUUUCUUUCUUUUUUGCAUUUCAAUCUUCAAUUCUUUGCUCUUCUGCUUCACUUAGCUCAAACAACACUCUUUUUUCUAAUUAACACUGUGAAAUCAGCUAUACCCAGUUUCCAUUUUCGUCUCUCAAUUUGCAGGAAAAUUAUUUAAUUUGUCUUUGAGGAAAUUUAGAAAUUUUGCUUUUUCUGAGUUCAGAAAAGCUCUGAAAUCAGAAAUUACUACUUGGGUGUUUCUUCUGUUCCUAAAUUUGUUGGGUGAAAAAAAGUUUCCUUUUUUGGGUUUUUACUGGCAAGUUUUGAUCUUUAAGUGGGUAAAUUUAUAGCAGUAAAAUGAUUGAUUUAUAGCAGGAGAAAGAUUGAGAUUUGAGAAAGAAGGUAAAAUCUUUGAAAAACAAGAUUUCUUUGAUUUAUUUUUUGGAGAAGGUAAAAAUAAAAAAUGGGGUUGGAAAUUGGUGAAUCAUAUGUUAAGAAGACACUCAGGAACUUAUGCUUGAACCAUGGUUGGUCUUAUGGUGUUUUUUGGCGUUUUGAUCCGCAGAAUCACAUGUUGUUAACUGUGGAAGAUGCUUACUAUGAGAAUCAUGUUGCAAGUUUAAUGGAUAAUGUGCUUGUGCAAGUCCACAUGUUUGGUGAAGGUAUAAUUGGUGAAGCUGCAUUUGACGGGAAACAUAGAUGGAUGUUUGUAAAUGGAUCAACAGAUGAUUGCAAACUAAAUCUGCAGUUUUCUGCUGGAAUUAAGACAGUUGCAGUUAUUCCUGUGGAGAUGCGAGGCGUGGUACAAUUUGGGUCUACGAAAGAGAUUUUCGAAACACCAGAGAUCUUGGAUCAAGCAAGGAAGUGUCUUAGAGGUGGUGAUUAUUUUAAUGGGGUAGCAGGAAGUAAUACUUUGUUGUCUAAUUCUGAUGCCAAUGGCCAAAAUGGGCUAUUAGCUUCGGUCAUCUCAUCCCAAAGUUCCUUUUGUGAUGAUAUGUCUACGCCUUGGGCAAAUAGCAUUGAAGGUUGUUCGUUGUUCGAUUCCUUACCAUUUUCUGGAGAGGUGUUUGGAGAGCAAUUUGAGCCUGCUCUUCUUCCAGCUUCUGCACUCGAUACAUGCCAAGCGGAUGAUCUUUCUCAGUGGCUUGCUGAUACAUCAAAGCUGUGUGUAACUGGAUUUGAUCUAGAAGCUAUGCUUGCUGAUGAUAUGUCAUCAGAUCUGGGUGGAAGCAACCUAUUCUCUAACAUUCAAGGAAAACAACUAACUUCCCCUUCGCAAAGUUCUUUGACUAACACGUUAGAUUUUGGCUGUGGAGAGUUGGGUGAUGUUGUCAAUGCUGUUGAAGAUAAGGCUAAUACCUUGCCUAUUGAUGACGCUAUGAGUUUCUUAGAAUGCAUCUCAGGGGUCGGAGGCAAUUCGACUGCUGCACCAAGAAAAGGGUUGUUCACUGAGCUAGGUUUGGAGCAUCUUUUAAAAGAUGGUUCUAGCAAUAGUUCUACCCCUAGAUCUUGCAUAGAAGAUCAAUGGCCGUCAUCCAAAAAGAGGAAAACCGAAGCCUAUCAACAAGUCAAUAACCAAUUGCAGCAAACUUACCAUUCUUGGGGAGUAAAAAUGAUGCAACCUACAAGUACUAGUGGCCAUAAAAUGCAGGAUUUUGGAUCCUUAAAAGACUGCAUGGAUAAAGCACAGGGAAGGUUGUGGAUUGAUGAAAGCUAUAGCAUGGAUGCCAAGAGCUGCAUCAGUGCUGUUAAUACACAAAGUAAGAGGACUGAAGAACCUCCAAAGGCCACCAAGAAAAGAGCGAGGCCAGGAGAAAGUACGCGUCCAAGGCCCAAAGACAGACAGUUAAUUGCUGAUCGAAUCAAAGACUUGAGAGACCUUAUCCCUAAUGGUGCAAAGCUAAGCAUUGAUUCUUUGCUGAACCGCACCAUUAAACACAUGCUUUUCUUGCAAAAUUUGAACAAGCAUGCAGGCAAACUCAAGCAAGUCGAUGAAUCAAAGUUGAUUGGCCAGGAUAACGGCCUAGUAGGAAGUUCAGCCUCAGUUUCUUCGGGUGGUAGUGGUAGGCGUAAUGCUACUUGGGCAUACGAAGUUGGAGGUUCAAACCUCCUUUGCCCAAUUAUUGUAGAGGAUCUUAAUGAACCUGGUCAAAUGCUCAUUGAGAUGCUAUGUGAAGAACGUGGAUACUUCCUAGAGAUAGCUGAUGCAGUUCGGGGUUUUGGCUUAACCAUACUCAAGGGAGUCAUGGAAAUGAGAAACGACAAAAUAUGGGCACAUUUCAUUGUUGAGGGAAACAAGCAUGUAACGAGGAUGGAUGUGUUCGUGUCUCUUAUGCAGCUUUUGCAAGGCACAAACACAAGUGAAGUUCUAAACACAACCUGUGAGGCCGCUAACAUUGUCACCAAUGCAGCUCCAUUUUGGGGUGACUUCCAGCAGCAUGUUGUGCCACUUCCAAUUUAAUCAUAACUAGACUUUAACAGAAUUUGCUUGGAUUUGGUUUAUGUAUAGAGAUCUAGGAAUUUAACCAAAGUUCACGCUAGCUCAAAGAAGAGCAUCACAAAGUGUAUUGCUUCUCCUCCCCCACGAGUUUACUGCUCGCUCUCACUACAAGUAUCAUGGCGAAUCAGGCAAAGUAGAACUGAAAAAAUAGCUUCAGCAAGAACGGCAUCACAUCUGUGAACUCAGCUAGUUAUUUUUCCUGUUCAAUUUUGUUGGGGUCUUGUGGGUAAUUUGUUAUUAGUGAUUAACCUGUUCAUAUCUUGGGCUUAUUGCAGAUGUAGAUUACUAUAUAGUAGUGUGUUAGAAAACUGUUACUUGGUAUACUUAGGGCUGACCUUUGAGGCUCUUGCUUGUUUUGCCUCUCAUUAUUUUUGUAGUUAAUUUGGCACUUGAAUGGAAGAUCAAUCUCUUUCCCUCA